CGGAAGUUCCUUGCUCGUCACAUUCACAUCCUCCGAUAGCUAAACAAAAACAUUAACACACAUACAAUAGCUAGUGUUUAUAUUUGACAACGUUAACGUUACGUCUCGUUAUGGUCCACUUACGGACGGAAUUGCUCUUAAAUGACUGCAAACUCUUCUUCACGUGUGUUUUGUUUGUGCGGCACAGGCAUUCGGUUAACGUUAGCUUGCUAAACCACGCACAUGUGUAACUUACUCGACUGUUCCCGCUUUUUUUCAUGGACGUGCUUUAUACACUUUUGUGAGAACCUCCGCCAUUACAAAAAUGACUUAAGGUGAUGCAGAACGAUGGCGGACAUUAUUUCUGUCAGCUCGGGCAGCGACGAGGACUCUGACAUAAUGCUUAUAGGCAGCUACAAAGAAGCCAAAGAAGACGCGGUGCCGUUUAUCCGACAAGAAUGGCUCCCGGUUACACCUGUCCUCAUCGAUAUCACACACCAAAAGUUGGUCUCUUCCAUUCGAAAAGGAUUAAGGAGAGAUAAUAUUUCCCCCCUAGUUAUCGAUCUUACAGAUGUUGAACUGGGACUGCAGGAUUCAGCCCAGGCUCUGCCAUCAAUAGAUACCAUAUACAAGCACGUGGGAUACCCCACACAUCCAAUGACAACAUCUUUUGGAAAAGCUGAACAAUCCGAAUGUCCGAUCAACGAUAGUGGAAAAGAUUUAGCCAGUUCUGAAUGUAGCCAGGACAUUGUGCAGUCUGCAAACGAAAGGACUUUUGAAAGAUCAUCCGAAGUAUUGAAAGACUCUUUUGCAGUAUCACAGAACACAGAAGAGACACAACUCUCACCGACUGGGUGCGGCAUAAGAGCAGACCAAGAAAAGGAAAACUCUCCUUACAGCCUUGAUAGUCCUUAUUACUGUCCAAGUGAAGUAGAUGCUGUUCUUUUCUCUGAUGAAUCCAAUAAUGACACCACCUUCAAAACAUGGUGCAGCCCGGAGUCACCUCAAAUACAUCACUUUGAAAGUCAUACUGGAUUACAGUCAACGGAGGACGGUGCGACUGUAAAUACUGGUGACAACAAAGACGUAAAUCAAAUGUCGACAACCCAGAUUCCGCCUUCAUCCCCCUCCACGCAGCCUUCUCUGGGUGUAUCGCCCUGUAACCCUGAAUGUGCACCCAAAGAGAAUCAAUCCAGCAAAGCAAACAGUCCCACCUCUACAGAGAUUCUCGCCAGUGACACAGCGGCACACUCACCUGGUUUGUCAACAUGGAGCUUAUCAAGCAGCAACUUCACCAUGCCCAUCUCCCUGCCUUCCUCACCAGCAUUGUUAGAUGUGGCGUCCCGGGAAAACUCCCCCACUAGACUUAUGCAGAUGAGCAUCGGUGAAGACCAUAAAGAUGAUAACGUGGAGUCAAAUGUUUCUGAAGAAAACGCACAACAUAUCUGUCUGGCUCAGUUCAGAAAACUGAGGCAGUGUGUGGUUGGCACGGUUUCACACAUGCUUGAAGAUGGAGAAAAUGAUGAAGACUUUGGUUCUCCUGAACCACUUUGUCGACAGAGCCUCAGCUUGGUUUACAGCACCAUUGAGGAGAAUUACCCAGAGGGCACUCUUCAGCUUCUGGGUGACUUCAUUCAGCCUCGAUACUACCCACCUGUCGCCAUCACAUCACAUCUACUCAGGGGGAUUUUCUUGGACACACAAAGUUCUUAUGUUCUAGCCAUAGAGGCCUAUAACCUGUUGAUGAAGAUACAGAGAUAUCACCCCGCAGAUAAAGCAACAAUCCCGUGGGACUGGGAACUGCUGUCGUCGGUUAUGGAGGAAAAGGAUGACACUAAGAGGUUACGGACCGAGGUUCGCUGCAUGCUACUGCAGUAUGUGUUGCAGGUUUUAGAAGAUGAUUUUCAGUUUAAACUCACAAAUCGGCAUCUUCAAGACUCUGUUGCAAAGGAAAUGCUUUCUUGUGACCAAAGGUUCAGACGUGUCAAGGAUUUAAUAAAUUGGCUAAUGAAUGCUGUUAAGGAACCAGUACACCACUCAGAAGAUGUGAAAUACCCAAAGAGAGAGAGCAACAACUGUCUUAAGAUUGUAUUGUCACUUCAGAGGAUGUUGACACUGGCCCUGGAGGUGGACAAGGCCCCCACUCGCAAUUCAAGCAAACUUUCACAAGAACUCUUCCAAAAGCUGCACACACUCUCACCAUGCAGGCAGAGAAGACUCUUAUUUUUAAGCACUUUGGAGAGCAAACUGCUGAGAUGUAAAUUAUUGGACAUGCUGUUGGAUGACGCUUGUUCUCAGAAGAUCACCUUGCCUAUGUCUUUAAGCAUGCUGCUACACUACCUCCAGAGUGCCACACUACCUUCAGAUCCUUCAGUAAAACAAACAAUAACAGUGUUUUAUAGCAGAUUUAAUAUUGCAUUGGUCUCCUUUGUUAAAAAUAAACAAAACCGAAAUGAUCUCCCUUUGUGUUGUCAGGAUGGAGGAGAGAGAUGGAGAAAGUGGGAUGAACUUCUUCAACUUCUUUGGAUGCUGACGCUCAGUUAUGAAGAGGUGGUGACAGGUCACCUACAAUAUCCCAUCACCGAACGUUUUAAAAAGGCACGCUCUCCAUUGUGGACGCAGAAUGACCAGGUGAAACGGUCAGCGGUGCGGAGGGCGGCCGAGGCCUUCCAGUCUCGUGCAGUCAAAGACAUUGGUCAUGAUAUUUCAAUGGAAAUGAAGGAGUCACUGUCGCAACUACAGGACCACAUAACUGACACAUCAAGUGUCAUUCAGAUUCAUUGACUUUUUAUAAUAACUGUUUUGAUGUUUUUACCUUUUAAAGACAUAUACUUUUAAAUGACUUAUGUUUGUUCAGCAAAACUGUUCAACACUCUAUCAGUUAUUUUAGUUUGUGCUAUUUAAUGUCUAAGGCAGCUUUGUAUGGCUUUAUGUUCAACAUUUCUAGAAAACGAUCAACACCUCAAAUCUCUAUCACUACCCAAUAAAACCACAGCAGCACCUUAAAUAAUACACAUAAGAUUGUUUGUCAAAGUUGUAACUGUUCAUUAAUGAUUAGUUAUUCAUCACAUAUAUCAUAUUUGUUUAAUAUUUCAAACAAAACAACAGUAAUCAACUGGUAACCACCAAACUAUUAAUUACAAAAAAACGUACAGUGUAAGUGAUUUCAUACAA